UAAAAACACCUUCAGACACUCAGCCUGGAUGGGUUUAAAUCACAGCGAGGAGUUUGUGUUUCAGGAGGACAAACCGCGCCGCUGCAGGGGAGAGAGAGGAGAGACAGAGAGGAGUUGAGGAGCAGCAGCCUGGCUCGGUCGCUCAGCUGAACAUUUACACUGAAGCUUCAUGUCUGUGCGAGUUCCAGCCAUGAGUGUUCUUCCUCCUGUCCGACGGGACCGCGUCAUCGCUCAGCUCCCUCAGUAUUUCAGGAAAGAGGCGGCUCAGCACACUAAAGAGGAUUUCAACAAUAAAGUGAAGACGGCCUGCCAGGAGCAGCGGACCGGCACUGUGGGCAGAUUUAAGAUCUCUAAGGUCAUUGUUGUGGGUGACCUGGCUGUGGGGAAAACUUGUCUGAUUAAUAGAUUUUGCAAAGAUGCUUUUGAUAAGAACUACAAGGCAACGAUCGGUGUGGAUUUCGAGAUGGAGCGGUUCGAGGUGCUCGGAGUUCCCUUCAGCCUGCAGUUGUGGGACACUGCGGGACAAGAGAGGUUCAAGUGCAUUGCCUCUACGUACUACAGAGGAGCCCAGGUUGUGAUCAUCGCCUUUGAUGUAACUGAUGUUGCCUCUUUGGGCCACGUGAGGCAGUGGCUGGAAGACGCCUUGAAAGAGAACGACCCCACCGCCGUUCAGCUGUUCCUCGUCGGCACAAAGAAAGACCUGAGCUCUCCUGCUCAGUAUUCUCAGAUCGAGCAAGACGCCAUCAAACUAGCACAGGAGAUCAGUGCAGAGUAUUGGGCCGUGUCCUCGCUGACAGGAGAAAACGUGAAAGAGUUUUUCUUCCGAGUUGCGUCGUUGGCAUUCGAGACCAACGUUCUUGCCGAGCUGGAGAAAAGUGGAUCGAGGCAGAUCGGUGACGUCGUCAGAAUUAACAGCACUUCAAACAAUCUGUACGCUUCGUCGAAGAAGAAACAGCCCAGCUGCUGUCAGUGAGGACGGAGGCAGGAGCUUAAAGUGGAGGAAAAGUCUGAGGCUGCUCUCCGGCUCAUGGGAGGGAUUCUCUGUGGUCAGAGCCGAAGGAGGGACGCUGGAGUUUGACUUCCUGAAAUGCUUGAUUUCAGUUUUUCCUGGCCUAGCAAGAGUUUUCCUCUGUGGGAUGUGGAUACUUGUGGUUCGAGCUCGUCUGGAGUUGCCUGGUGACACAGCAAUUACACAUAGAAAUGACUCCUCUGGUACUGCAGAGAUGCCAAAGUAUGACUGACGAUGUUUUUAACAUGAUGCGUGUGUGGUGUGUGUGUGUGUGUGUGUGUGUGUGUGUGUGUGUGUGUGUGUGUGUGUGUGUGUGUGUGUGUGUGUGUGUGUGUGUGUGUGUGUGUGUGUGUGUGUGUGUGUGUUUACUUUACUUAGUGGCUUGAGUCAAAUAUUCCGUCUUGCUGCUGUAGUUCUGAUUCUUCUUCACAAUACUACUCAAUAAAAAUCUGCUGUUUUUAUAUCGUAGG